AUGGAGAAAGGGGCUUCUUUUGGAUUAUUUCGGUGUUGCGUGUUACUCGCAAUAAUUCUAACACUCUUUCCCUACUACUGUCAAGGAAAUUGGAUGUGGCUGGGAACCACAGCCAGUGGAGCUACGGAGAAGAUGGGUUGUCUAGGUUUGCCACUUUCAAACAAACAGAAAGAUCUGUGUAAAAGAAAGCCCAAUCUUUUGCCGACCAUUAAAGAAGGAGCACGCAUUGGUAUCUACGAAUGCCAGAAUCAGUUUAAACACGAGAGGUGGAACUGCUCUAUUACAAAUGACUACUCUGUGUUUGGCUACGAGCUAACCAGUGGUACUAAGGAGAGCGCCUUCAUUCAGGCGGUGAUGGCGGCGGGCCUUGUGCACUCGGUGACCCGCGCCUGUAGCGCCGGAAACCUGACCGAGUGCUCCUGCGACAGGAGCCUGCAGAGUGGCGGAUCCGCUGACGAGGGCUGGCACUGGGGUGGCUGCUCGGACGACAUCCAGUACGGCAUGGUGUUCAGCAGGAAAUUCAUCCACUCGACCGAGGAAGCCUCGACCGAUGAAAUCGGGGGCGAGAAAGAAGCCCGGGAAACCAUGGUCCUGCAUAACAACGAGGCUGGCCGGCAGGCAGUGUCCAAAUUGAUGUCUGUGAACUGCCGUUGUCAUGGUGUGUCCGGCUCAUGUGCUGUGAAGACUUGUUGGAAGACCAUGUCUUCCUUUGACAAAAUCGGCCAAUAUCUAAAAGAGAAAUAUGAGCACAGCGUCCAGAUCCUGGACAGGUCAAAGAAAAAAGUGCGUCGCAAAGACAAGGUGCAGCGGAAAGUGCCUGUGAACAGAGAGGACCUGGUGCAUAUUAAAAAGUCACCCAAUUAUUGUGUGAAGGAUGAGAAGGUGGGGAUCCACGGGACCCGAGGGAGGCAAUGCAACCGCACCUCACCGGCCGCUGAUGGUUGCAAUUUGCUGUGCUGUGGCCGGGGAUAUAACACACACGUAGUCCGGCAUGUGGAGCGGUGUGACUGCAAGUUUGUGUGGUGCUGUUACGUGCGCUGUCGGAGAUGUGAGACCAUGACUGACGUGCACACCUGCAAGUAG